ACCACACCGCACCACGGAGACUCAACGCAACCGCGCGCACGAGACAGCGAUCGAUCGAGUAGGCAGCCCUGCCGAGAUGUACCAGGCCAUCCCGUACAGCGCCGGCCGCCUGCCGUCGUGGCCGCGGGCUAUGCCAUCAUCAGCGGAGGUUCCGGAGGCUGGCUCCGUCGCCGCGGCCGAUCACCAGGCGGCGGCGGCGAGGAGCGGGGACGGCGGGGAGGCGGUGAGGAGGGCGGUGGCGGAGAGCCCGGUGGUGGUGGUGGGGAGGCGCGGGUGCUGCCUCAGCCACGUGGUGAAGCGGCUGCUGCAGGGGCUCGGCGUGAACCCGGCCGUGCACGAGAUCGCCGACGACGCCGAGCUCGCCGCCCUCGCCAACGCGGAGGGCGAGGUGGCGGCGCUCCCGGCGGUGUUCGUCGGCGGGCGCCUCCUCGGCGGGCUCGACAGGCUCAUGGCCGUCCACAUCUCCGGCGAGCUCGUGCCCAUCCUCAAGAGCGCCGGCGCGCUCUGGCUCUGAGACAAAUCCAUGCAUCAUGCAUCAUCCGUGGACGGAGUAAUGAUAUAAUUAUUAGUACAGCUAGCCGUUUGAUUAGGACUUGAUCAUCUUUUCUCCAUCUCUUUCUUCUUUUCUCCGUUUGAUUCCUGAGAGAUCACGUGAACCGGUGAUGUUCAACCUCCGAUCGAUUCUCUUGCUUGGAAUCAAUAAUGGUACGGUGUUGCUACUUGAGAUAGCUAGAUAGAUAUAGGCUUAAAAUUCUUUUAGGGGAUGAAAAAAUUAGGAAAUGUUGUGGUUUAUGUUGCUUACUAUUUCGUAUUUAUUUCCGAUCGAACACGCUUGUAAAUACAUCGAUGAGUGAUGAGAGAUGUACUAUAAUUUGCACUAUCAUUUUGUACAGCAGCUCUUGUUCUUC